GGUGUCAUGGCCGCCCUCGGCGCGAGGACCCCAAAAGGAGGCGCCAUUUUAGAGCCGUUCCGCCGAGUUCGCCCGAGUUUCGCCGCCGCCGUUUCGCUUCUCCGCCGCCAUGAGCGUCGUGGACCAUGUGCGGGAGAUGGCGGCCGCCGGGCUGCACUCCAACGUGCGGCUGCUCAGCGGCCUCCUGCUCACUAUGAGCGGGAACAACCCGGAGCUCUUCUCCCCCUCGCAGAAGUACCAGCUGCUGGUCCACCACGCCGACUCCCUCUUCCACGACAAAGAAUACCGCAACGCCGUCAGCAAGUACACCAUGGCGCUCCAGCAGAAGAAGGCGCUGAGCAAGACCUCCAAAGUCCGGCCUUCCACCGGCGGCGCAGCCUCCACUCCCCAGAGCCAGUGUCUGCCCUCUGAAAUCGAAGUGAAAUACAAAAUGGCCGAAUGUUACACCAUGUUAAAGCAAGACAAAGAUGCCAUCGCCGUCCUGGAUGGCAUCCCUUCCAGACAGAGGACCCCCAAGAUUAACAUGAUGCUGGCCAGCUUGUACAAAAAAACGGGGCAAGAGCGUUCCUCGGUGACCAGUUACAAGGAGGUGCUGAGGCAGUGCCCGCUGGCUCUCGAUGCCAUCCUAGGCUUGCUGUCGCUCUCGGUGAAAGGGGCAGAAGUGGCUUCCUUGACCAUGAACGUCAUUCAGAGCAUCCCAAACCUGGACUGGCUUUCGGUGUGGAUCAAAGCGUACGCCUUCGUGCACACGGGCGAUAACACCCGAGCCAUCAACACCAUCUGCUCGCUGGAGAAAAAGUCACUCCUGAGAGACAACGUGGAUAUUUUGGGCAGUUUAGCAGAUUUAUAUUUCAGAGCCGGCGACAACAAGAAUGCCAUCCUAAAAUUUGAACAGGCCCAGAUGUUGGAUCCGUAUUUAAUCAAAGGGAUGGACGUCUAUGGUUACUUACUGGCUCGAGAGGGUCGGCUGGAAGAUGUGGAGAACCUCGGGUGCCGGCUCUUCAACAUCUCCGAUCAGCACGCCGAGCCUUGGGUUGUCUCAGGCUGCCACAGCUUCUACAGCAAGCGUUACUCGCGGGCCUUGUACCUGGGGGCCAAAGCCAUCCAGCUGAACAGCAACAGCGUCCAGGCCCUGCUGUUGAAAGGCGCCGCUCUACGGAACAUGGGCAGAGUGCAGGAGGCCAUCAUCCACUUCCGCGAAGCGAUCCGGCUCGCCCCGUGCAGGCUGGAUUGCUACGAAGGUCUCAUCGAGUGCUACCUGGCCUCCAACAGCCUCCGGGAGGCCACCGUGAUGGCCAACAACGUCUACAAGACCCUGGGGGCCAACGCCCAGACGCUGACGCUCCUGGCCACCGUCUGCCUGGAGGAUCCCGUGGCCCAGGAGAAAGCCAAGACCUUGUUGGACAAAGCCCUGAUGCAACGCCCCGAUUACAUCAAAGCGGUGGUCAAGAAGGCCGAAUUGCUCAGCCGAGAGCAGAAGUACGAUGACGGGAUCGCUCUGCUCCGCAACGCCUUGGCCAACCAGAGUGACUGCAUCCUACAUCGGAUGCUGGGAGACUUCCUUGUGGCCGUCAAUGAAUAUCAGGAAGCCAUGGACCAGUACAGCAUCGCUUUAAGUUUGGAUCCCAACGACCAGAAGUCGCUGGAAGGCAUGCAGAAAAUGGAGAAGGAAGAGAGUCCCACCGACGCCACCCAGGAAGAGGACGUGGACGACAUGGAGGGCAGCGGAGAGGAAGGGGAUCUGGAAGGCAGUGACAGCGAGGCGGCUCUGUGGGUCGAUCAGGAGCAGUGGUUCCGUGGGCAGUGAGGUCCCCGUUGUUACGCACGAGGCAGCACUUAACACGCCAGGGGCGGCUGGUGUUCUCGCCUUCCGUGGCCAGGACAGGAAACGUGGAUUUGCAGGAUAGGCCGAGGCCCGGAUCCAUUAAAAAAGGAAGGAAAUAUUCUGCUUCUCCAUCACGCUUGUCAUUUCUAUUCAUGGACCGCGACGGCUGAGCGGUUUGUGUUUUAGGGACUCCGGGACCCAAUUCGGAGUCCUUUCUAAAAUUAGACCCUUCAAAGGAACUUCGAAAGCCUUUUCCACAAAACGCCUUUGGAAAUCGUUGCAAAAAAGCCAUUACGCUUUCCCCCCAGCGGCGUUGAAAGUGGGAAGCUUUUCUCCUGUGGCGGAAGAGGGUCUUUUAUUCUGACCCUUUAAGAGGCCCAAACGCCCCCAGGGACUGGCAGGAGGGGGGGGGGAAUUGGGUGGGUGGGGGAACAGUUUUUCCCAGCUUUUCUGCCCCCACAAACUCCUGAGUCUCGAGUGUGAGGUUUAGCGCAUUCGUUUUUUGAGACGGAAGCGUGCUGCUUCCGGAUACCUAAUUGACCAACGGCAGCCGAAAACAUAUCCGGAGAAUUCACGUCAUUUUUUUAAAAAAAACAAAGCUUAAUGCGCGAGUGACUUUCCUUUUGGAUAUUGUGGUUGUUAGAUUUAGCCAGAGGGACCAUCGCCAAGAAAGCCGCCGCCGUGCCAAGGUGUGAUCCCAAGUAGUUUUGAUUCAGCGUCAUCCCAUCCCUAGAAAAAGGGGAGUAUUAAAAUGUUUUUUCCCCCUUGAUUUUCUGCUACAAAUUUCCAAUUUGGCUCCCGUUAAAUGAGUCGGUUUUGGCCACGUGGGGCUUGUCUUGUCGCUCGCGGGCGAAUGGCUUUUAGCGUUUCCUCAAACUUUCGUCCGAGUCUCCGGGACUCGUUUUUCUGCUCCCUCAGAACUUUUUAUUUCUUGGCAAUGUUCAGGGGGGGCCUUCUCGAACGUACCCUUGUAAUAUUUCACCCAUUUCUUGAGAAUAAAUGUGUACCAUUGAAAUAAAACCGCCUUCAUCCA